GAUUGGAUAUUUACUGAAGAGUUGGGAUGUAGAGAGAGUGGAGCUGCUAACCACUAAGACAUAAACCGUUCUUUAACCAACAAGGGUGACACAAGUCAACUUUAACCCAUACACUACACACAGUACAUCUCUGCGCUAAGCGUCUGUCAGGUGGUGUGUGUGCAUUGAAGUCAUGUGGAAGAGCGCCGUUGUGGUGGCGUUAUUGGCGUUGGGGAUGGGGUAUCUGUACCAAAAUGACCCAGAACUACCGACCCAGGUGCUGAACUACCUCAGGGAAUCCCUGCCACAGAUGCAGCCGAGUGGCGGGUCCGAGGUCCGCCCACCAACCCUGGAGGAAGCCAUCUCGCGCGCCUGGCAGAUCCUGAUCACAGCUCCUGCCCGCCGUUGGGGCAAAGUGGCUGUUGGGGUUAAUGCUUGUGUAGAUGUUGUGGUGUCUGGAGUGGGUCUACUCCAGGCUUUAGCUUUAGAACCGGGUUCCGGCAACGACCACGAGGUUCUGCACGGCAAAGAGGACCUGAAAGAGGCCUUCAUCCACUACAUGGAAAAAGGCGCAGCAGCAGAGCGGUUCUUCUCAGAUAAGGAGGUUUUUCAAAGGAUCGCACGGGCGGCUGCAGAAUAUCCUGGUGCUCAGGUUUAUGUAGGUGGGAACGCUGCUCUUAUUGGACAGAAACUGGCAUCCAACCCUCAGCUAGUGGUCCUGUUGUGUGGUCCUGUAGGGCCAAAACUUCAUGAAAUGUUGGAUGAGCAGAUUGUGGUCCCACCAGAAUCUCUACAAGAGACGGAUGAGUACCACCUCAUCCUGGAGUACAAGUCAGGUGAGCAGUGGGGUACGUCGCGAGCUCCUCAAGCAAACCGCUUCAUCCUAUCUCAUGAUGUGUCUAAUGGAAAGAUGAGCGCUCUGGAGACAUUCAUAGCCAGUCUGGAGGAGUUCAACCCAGACUUGGUGGUUCUGUCCGGCUUGCAUAUGAUGGAAGGAAUGGGUCGGGACCUCUGGGAAAACCGACUGACAGAGGCAGUGGAUGUGAUCUCAGAAGUCAACAAUGAGGUGCCCAUCCAUCUGGAGCUGGCCAGUAUGACGGACAAAGACUAUAUGAACCGAAUCCUACAGGAGCAGGUCAUGCCUAUUGUGAGCUCCGUCGGUCUGAACGAACAGGAGCUGCUGUUUUUGACCCAGUCCGGAGGAGGACCGCACUCCGAUCUGGCUUCCUGGGAUGGCAUCCCCGACGUGGGCCGCGUCAGCGACAUCCUCCUGUGGGUGCUUGAGCAACACGGUCGUGCAGACCCAGAAUCUGAGUCCGAUCUGACCAGGAUCCACUUCCACACGCUGGCGUAUCACAUCCUGGCUACGGUCGACGGCCACUGGGGGAAUCAGGUUUCGGCGGUGGCUGCGGGUGCCCGUGUCGCCAGCAGUCAAGCGUGCGGGUUGCAGACGGUGGAUGUUACUAAGGUGGUCCUCAAAGCUCCUUUGAACUUCUACAGUUCGUUCACAGAACCCAGAGAAAGUCUAACGGUCGAUGUGAUGAACCCGGUUACGGUGUGGCGCAGAGGGAACGUGUCCUUCCAUCUUACGCCAGUCCUGGUGUGCAAACAGCCGCUAAGGACCGUGGGAUUGGGAGACGCCAUAUCAGCAGAAGGGCUUCUGUUUUCCGAGGUCACAUCUGAACAUUAGGAGUAGACGUCCAAGGUCGUGCUCAGAUCUUUUUGAAGAAACUUACUUUGCCAAGAUCUUCAUAUUUACUGGAGCAAAUGGACUUAAAUAGCAGGUGAAAACAAGAGGGAAUGUUUUCAAAGAGUUUCAGGAACAACGCCUCCCUCUCAUCCAAGAGACUUUGUUGUCAUGACUUUUCUCUUCAACUCUUAUUGUGAAAGACUGCGCUGAACGAAACAACGUAAGCCAGCCAUGGCUGUUUUUUAAAGGCAUAUUUUAUUUCUUUAUUCAGUGAAACACAAAAUGAUUUAUAUUGCAAAAUGUCCAGUGUUUUUUUCUCAUAAAAGCACCAUAAAAUAAGUUCAUAGAUGUAGUUUUAGUAAAAAAAAAAAAAGAAAUUAAGUUUGGUGCAUAAUGGUAACAAGAAAGUAGGAAUCAGAUGGUGCUUUAUUGACUGGACAAAAUCCAUUCCCAUUUUUUUUAACCUUUUGUGUUUCACAAAAAUCAUUUAGGUUCGAGUAGCAUUAAGAGUGAAUGAUGACACAACUUUAAUUCAUUUUAACAUUAUACUCAGUAAAUAUGGCUGCUAUUGAGAAAGAGACGUGAAAGACUUGAAGCCUUUAGUCUUAAAUAUUAUCUCCAAAGUACAAUAACUUCCCCACAGUCGUGAGAUUAGUCACACCCAAACACUCCUUUAUUUGAUACACAAAAGUUAAUGAGUUAUUUGUCUUAACUGAUACACUUCAGGUUUAUCCAGUGGUGGUGAUGGAGGUUUAUUUGUGUAGUAACGUUGAGUAAAUGUGUGAGGUUUAACCUUGUUAUCUUGUGUCAUGUUAAUAAUGAAAGACGUGUUUCAGGUUCAAUAUAUUAAAUACCUGAGCCAUACGGUGUGAGUUGUCUAAUCUGUAGAAACAAAGACUUGUUAACACAUGACGAGUAAUUUUAACAAACGGGUCAUAUCACAUUAAGCUGUGAACGUGUAUGAUCUGAAAUUUGGUUUAUGAAUCAAAAUUAAACCUGUAUUGAACCUGGAACAUUUCUAGUUAAUGGUUAUCCUAAAGAUGAUCUCAUUGGAUAGAUCUGAGCACCAGCUCACCUACACGUAUUGUGACAUCACGUAAUGCACACUAUCAUGAAUUAUACUUCUCUUAAUUGAUUUUAAUAAGUUUUUAAAGGUGUGAUUGGUGAUAUAGCUGUAGUUUGUGUACUGAAGUACCAGCAUCAGUAGAUUUUAUUAUCUUAUAUAUAUAUAUAUUUCUUUAUGUUGGACUGCUGGUGUAUGGUGACUGUUUGUACUUACACUUGAAAGUUGUCUUUAGACUAUGUUUUGGCUCUUUUACUUUUUAAUCAUCCCGAAGUCUUAAUAGAGUGGAUUUUAAACAUGUCAUACAUAAUCUUUUCAUUCAAGAAUAAGUCAGUUUCUUCAAAUGCAACCAUCAAAUGCAAUAAUUGAUUUGAUUCACAUUUUUAUUAGAGAUGCACCGAUAUAUUGGCCAAUAAUCGGUACCGAUACACUAUCUGCCGAUAUAUCCUGUCAAUCAAAAGAUAACAGGAAAAUGCACCAGUGUAAUGUUAAAUAUUAAUGGCAUUAUAUAAAUAAUUGUCAUUUUCAGAAUUUAGUUAAUACAACCAAACUAUCGGUAUCGGCAGAUAUCAGUCUGAAUAAUCGGUAUCGGUGGAAAAAUUUAAUAUCGGUGCAUCUCUAAUUUUAAUUUCUAAUUAGUUAAAUGAUGUCUUCAGAUCAUCCGCAGAAAAGUCUUAAGAAUAAUAUUGAUAUGGGUCUUAUUUUGUACUGUAUUUCUGUAACACUCCACACAAUGCACUGUUAGUAGUUCGUAAACAUGACCAACAAACAAGACUUAUGCUUAUAUUGCUGUGUGGUGCUUUGAGAUCUUAAACUUUCACCCCACGCUUUAACAAAAAGUCUCGAGUCUCUGUGUUUAGAAAUCAGAAUUUCAAUUGAACGGUAUUAUAAAGUGAUGCCACGACCUAACGUGGUCAUCAGAAGAGUGAUAUUUGGCGCAGUUGUGAAUGUUUUCCUGUUCAUUAUUUUGGUUUGGGAAAUAUAGCGGUAUGUUCAUAUAUUCAUGUUCAACACUAGGGUUAUACUGUAGUAAUUAUGCAAAGUCUUUAACUGUUACUGGGUUAAAACAAAGAUCUUUAAUCAUAAUGUUAAGACUAGAAAUGUUUAACUUGAGUAUGGAAUAUUUUUAUAUCAAUAAAAUAUUUCUGUUGAUCCCA